GCCUCUUUUUCUUUUCAAAGCCUCCUUCAGUCCACAAUAUUGUUCCCACUGGUUGGGCAGUUUUAUUUGUAUCAGUUGACCGGAUACCAGGGUCACUGCCCAAUACCUUUUCAAUAUAAAUUAGGUUCUUCGAUACACGGUGAUCAUGAGAUAAGUCUCUCUUUGGAAGCUCCUAUUGCGCCCUCCAGUGGCUCACUGAUCUUCGUUAUUCAUGAUCGAUAACAUCCCUCACGGUGUUCUGCCACUGAUCUUGAGCUCGUUUUUGCCCAAGCCGUCACUGAACGUUGAAUUACUAGCCUGACUUUGCGAUAUGGUCCCUCCACUCCCUUCGCUGCACGGAGAUUUGAUGCUCGAUGUUUUCACACAUCGCGCUUUGACUCAAGGGGUCCUCAAUGACCACACGACACAUGGCAAUAGCGACAGACUUGCACAACUUGGACAAUCGGUGCUGAACACCGUCGUGAUGUAUAUAUUCUUCGCAGAAAGACCUAUGUUGUCUGGCGAAGACCUGAAGACUAAACACGCGCAAACGCUAAGUGAUUCAAGUAUAGCUGCUUGGCUUGACGCGUAUGAUAUCGAUCUGAAGAAACGUGUGAGACUCGGAGGAGCGAGAGGCGCUCUCGACGACCCCGAGGAAGCUCGCUUCCUUUUCAAUAGCUAUGUUGGAGCUGUUUGUUUGCAAGAUGGCUUACAAGCCGCGACCGACUGGAUCAGCAAACUUGUGAAGCCCGAGGAGCAACCACUGGCUUUGGUGGAUGACCCGCAGAACCGCACACUCACGACAGUGAUACCUGUGCCACUGCCGGCAUCCCCUCGGGCGGGCACAUCACAAGCUGCUCCACCUCCAUAUCGUCCGCCGACCCCCCCGCAAGCCUCAACAGUACCUUCAGGAGUCCCCCAGGGCAUACUUGCUCUGUUCAAUCAAACUUGUCUUCAAAGGCAAAUUCCCAUGGAGUGGGCCGCUGCUGCAAAUGGCCCACAGCAUGAUCCGAGAUGGGAAGUGAAAUGUAAAGUGGCUGGCGUCGAGCGGGGUUUCGGUCUCGGUAGAAACCAGAAACUGGCAAAGGAAAUAGCAGCCUAUGAGGCGUACUUGUACAUGCAAAGUAUCGGCUGGAACUUGCAAGAGCCAGAACCAACUGCGUAGACCUCGUCCUUGUGUUCAAAGUUCAUGCAUCUAUUAGUACUUUUUGUUCUUGCUUGUAUCAUCUCCUGUGUCGUAGAGACAUUAUUCAGCAUUAUUCUCAUUCGCCAGCAUUUAUGUCCAAUGCAGCUUUGAUAAACUCACAGUCGCGACGAUCCCACAAACCUCUACCAAUGAAGGGAAUGUCUCACGUAUACCCCACCGAAGAAAAAUCUAUAGAGUCUUCCUUCGGUAUAUAUAUUAGCAUAGUACUACGUACCUCGAAAUUUUCU